AUGACUGCAAAUAUCUUGUACACCGCUAUUGCAGGUUUGGCAGUAUUGCCAUUAUUGCUUUACCUUAAAUACCCUUAUAUUUGGUACGAUUUACGCUACGCAAUUUCUGCAAUUCAGGUGGGAAUACGAUUGAAUAAAUACAAGAACAAAAAACCGUUUUACAGCAUUGUGGAUUGUUUUCUGGACAAAGUAGCGAGACAGCCUCACAAGAAGUUUCUACUUUUCGAGGAAAGCUCGUACACUUACAUCCAAGCCGACAAAGAAAGCAACAGAGUGGCCAGAGCUCUUUCUCAACAUGCCAACCUGAAGGAGGGAGACACGGUGGCCCUCUUCCUGGGAAACCAGCCACUGUUUGUGUGGUUCUGGUUAGCACUGGCCAAACUUGGAUGCACAGCUGCUUUACUGAACUACAACGUCAGAUCCAAGUCUCUGCUGCACUGCUUCUCCUGCUGUGAAGCCAAGGCCCUGGUCGUUAGUGCUGACUUGCGAGGGGCUGUGGAGGAGGUGUUGCCCACCUUGAAUCAGCAGGGUGUCCGUGUGUUUGUCCUCAGUGAUCACUGUGAUGUGGAGGGCAUUGAAAGCCUCUCUGAUAAGAUUCAGAAAGCCUCGGAUGAGUCUCUGUCACCUCAGCUGAGGGCCAAUGUUAACAUAAAGAGUCCUGCAUUGUACAUCUACACCUCAGGAACUACAGGGCUUCCCAAGGCAGCUGUAAUUAACCAGGAGAGGCUAUGGAUGGCAACUUUUCUCCAGUCUAUUGCUGGCGUACGCUCAGACGACAUUAUCUACAUAUACUUGCCUCUUUACCACACUGCUGGCUUUAUGAUGGGACUUACUGGGGCCAUAGAAAAAGGUAUCACAGUUGUCUUGAGACAAAAAUUUUCUGUUUCCCAGUUCUGGAACGACUGUAGAAAGCACAAUGUUACUGUUAUUCAGUACAUUGGAGAAAUUAUGCGCUACCUCUGCAACGCACCAAAGAGAGACAAUGACAGAGAUCAUAAAGUCCGAUUGGCUUUGGGGAACGGGAUACGAGCCGACACCUGGGCUGAUUUCCUGCAGCGCUUUGGGGACAUUCGUAUCUGCGAAUGCUACGGAGCAACAGAAGGAAAUGUUGGCUUUGUCAACUACGUCGGCAAAGUUGGAGCUAUUGGCAAAGAGCAUUUCCUCCACAAAAUGGGAUAUGAGUAUGCCCUCAUAAGGUACGACACAGAGAAAGAGGAGCCAGUCAAAGACUCCAGAGGAUUUUGUAUUAAAGUGCCUAGAGGAGAGACCGGUUUGUUGGUGGCAAAGAUUGGAAAAAAAACACCUUUCACUGGCUACGCCAAGAACAAGCAGCAGACAGAGAAGAAGAAGCUGAGGGAUGUUUUUGUGAAGGGAGACCUCUACUUUAACAGCGGUGACCUCCUAAAGAUAGACAAUGAGGGAUUUAUCUUCUUUCAAGACCGCAUUGGAGACACUUUCAGGUGGAAAGGAGAAAAUGUGGCAACCACAGAGGUGGCUGAUCAUUUGCUCAUGGUGGACUUCAUUGAGGAGGCUAAUGUCUAUGGAGUGAAAGUGCCAGGUCACGAGGGACGAAUCGGAAUGGCAGCACUGACACUAAAAGAAAAAAUGGAGUUUGACGGCAAAGCAUGUCACCAGCAUGUCAAAAACUACCUCCCCAGCUAUGCGAGACCACGCUUCAUUCGCAUACAGGAUGCGCUGGUAGUAACAGGGACCUUUAAGCAAAUGAAGGUGAAGCUUGCAGAGGAAGGCUUCAAUCCUGUCGUUAUCAAGGACCCUUUGUUCUACCUGGACGACAGUAAGGGCUACGUACCCAUGACUGAGGAGAUAUUCAACUCUAUCGUAGAGGGAAAAGUCAGGCUCUGAAUGAAUUUUAUUAUUGGACUGUCAGCAUCAAAUAGUACAUUUGAUUUUUAGGUUUUAGCUGAUAAAAGAUGUCAAAUAAUGAUAAAUAACUUGCACAUUGAUUGUUUAUGUACAGCACAUUCCAUGAGCUACUCAAACUUUU